GAGGGCAGGGGCCGCCGGAUCCGGGCUCUUCCGCCGGGAGCGAUGGCUCCGCCGGGGCCGCUGCGCGUGGUGAGCCACGGAGGGCGGCGGUUCCUCUGCUUCUGCGGGGACGGAGGCGCCUCUCCGCGGCUGCAGCUGACCGACGCUUGCGAGUUCUGGAGCUGCCGCCUCCCUUCGGAGGAGCUGAGCGGACAGGUGCGGAGGGUCCCCUGUGCUUCUCCCUGGGUCGGGGGUCCUUUGCGCGCCCUGGGGCUGACUGCUUUCCUCUUCGCCCAGGAGGAGCCCGACUCUCCCGCCGGCAGCCUCUCCAGACUGCGGGAAAUCCUGCAAGGCCAGACGCCCAUCCUCACCCUCGGUGACGGCAAGGCCACCCUGCAGGUCCAGGACGGUGGGCAGAGCGUGACCUUCGACCUGGACAAAGCCUCGCUCCCGGAGGCCAGGAGGCAGCUGCAGGACCUCACCUUCGGCCUGGUGGAGCAGCUGCAGACGCUGGAGAAACGCCUGGAAGAGAGCACAGCUGCUGCCAACUCCGUGGCCCUCAGGAGCCCCGAAAAGAUCUCACCAAGCCAGAGUCUCUUGGGAGCAGACUUCAGUCCGCGGAAGCCCAGAGGAGGGGCUGGUCCGAGCAAACGGCGCCUGCCUGGGGAGUCCCUCAUUAACCCUGGAUUCAGAAGCAAGAAGACCCCGACGGGGGUAGACUUCGAAGACGCCUGAACCGUUUUCCAAAUCAAAUGGGAAAGAACUACUUCAUCAUGGAUAUUUUAAAAAUUAUUUAAGCCUUAAAACUAUAGCAAGUAUAUUUUUAUAUGUAUUAUAUAGAAAGAAGGUGACAAUAAAUGCUUUGAUUUUACUCA